AUGAAAAUUAUCCUUGCUGGUGUAACAGGGUAUAUUGGCACGGAAGUUCUCUCACAAUGCCUAGCUAACCCGGGCAUAACUUCUAUUGUUGCUUUGUCCCGCCGCAAAGUUGACAUCUCCAAUAGCAAGCUUUACGUCUAUAUCAUGAAGGACGAAGACUAUCUCUGCUACUCAGACGCCGCGUUGAUUGAACGACUUAAAGGCGCAAGAGCUUUUAUUUGGGCGCUAGGUCUAAGGCCUUCGCAAGCGUCGAAUGACGAUCAUUCUCGCCGUGUUUCUGUCGAUUAUAUGGUUGCUGCAGCGUCGGCAUUUCAGAACGCAUUUGUUUCUGGUCCUCAUUUUUCGCCCGCAUCCGGAGACCGGUUCCGCUUUGUGUACUUCAGUGGCGGCGGUGUGGAACGUGAUCAGCAGAAGACUCUUUGGUUUAUGGGAAAUUUUCGGCGUCUUCGGGGAGAGGUCGAAAAUGUUCUUCUGAGACAUGCGGAAGCAAACUGCGAUGUUUUCGAGCCGUAUAUCUUGCGGCCUGGCUUGGUGCUGUCUAGGGAGCGCACUCUUAAAGAUCGAUUUUGGAGCCUGGCGCCUUCUGUGAAAGUAGACAUCUUGGCAAAAGGAGCAAUUGACGUAACAUUUAAUGGGCAUAAACAGGAUACUAUUGCAAAUCAGACGCUUAAGGAGGGAGCGGAAUGUUAG